CCCACACCAACACCAACAUACGUACAAGGACGACUAUCAUACGUUAUAUAUAAAUAGUUCUUGAUUAUCUGGCAAAGGCCCGUCAUUGUUCCCAAGAACUAUCUACGCAAUCCAUACAUAUACAUUAAUUAUCCGUCUCGUUGCCUCUGCUUUGUGACCAACGCUGUCUGAUCACAUAUACACACUCUGCUCCAUUUAUCUACGGCAGCUUCGCACGCAAGCCAGAAGCUAGCAAGAUGAGCCGACAAUACUCGUCAACUGCCACCUACGCGGCAACGCCCGCUUCCAGAUACUCGAACAGCCACGGGACCAGCAGUGCAUUCAGCGAAAGUGCAAACCCAAACGAGGAUUGGACCAAAAUUUCGGACCUGGCUGAACGACGACGAAUUCAGAACCGCAUUGCUCAGAGGAAUUAUCGCAGAAAACUGAAGAGAAGACUAGAGGACUUGGAACGACGAGCGGCAUCCCCGCCGCAGACAGCGGCCGAGGUGAACAAGACGUACAGCAGUCAAGCCCAAACUGGCGAUGACAACCAGACCGUGCCAGGAAAUGCCAUGCCUGUGGUUGUGGAACCUUCUGUGUGCAAACCAGCCUCACCUUCUCCGCUCAUGAACAAUCAUCCCUACCGCCAGUCGUUCGAUGACCGAAAUAGUAUGUUUUCACAUCAAUACACCCGACAGCUGUCCACCUCACCGCCGCCCUUUUCGUAUUCGUAUCCCGCAGACUCGGCUGUCUUCAUGCCAUACCCUCAGCAUUUGGCCUACCACGCCAUGCCCCUCACAGCAUCCGACCUGUCGACACAUACGAAUUAUCUGGCACCACUUUCCAGUGCUGCUGGCAUCUUGCCUUCGACAGAAACCUGCAUUAAAGAAGAGUCCAACUUUUAUGCAGACGAGGAAAUGUUAAGUCCCUUCAGCACAAGUUAUGCAUUAAUGGCGGGAAUGGACAUACCGACGCGGCCGUACCAUGACGCCAGUCUUCAAGUAAGUCUGUCUAAUUUCACAAUUCAUUUUUUUAAAGGUUCCAUUUAACUAACAGCCUCUUUAGCAGACGCCACCUCUGUCGCAAUCGUUUGAUCCGUCAGUGGCUCCUUCGCCAUCGGAAUCAUCGAUAGCGUUCCCAACUACACCUGGUUCUUCACCAGGCUCACCUCUUCUUUUCGUAAUGUGACUUGGCGUGGAAGAAGGAUGUGGUCUGAAAUAGCUCCACGUCAAGUUGGUUUUAUACACUCAAGAUUAUGCACAAAAUGACGGCGCAAAUGACUUUUCUUUGAGAGAACAGUUUUGGAAAGGUUUCAAUUUAUUAUUACUAUUCAUCC